UGAGAUUCGCUGACUUCUCAACUUUUUACUUUUGCUGUGUAAAAAGAUAUCUUCGUACUGAGGGAAAAGUGGAGGAAUAUCUAUUCAAGGGAAAGCUAUGAAAACAGCCAUUGCGCCCAAUAGCAAACGUAAGCUGAAGCGCUUUUUUACUUAUACGUGUGAAAGCUCCAACAAAAUGAGAGGAGAGAGGAAAGAAUGAUGUUCCUAAUCUAAUUUAAUGGUGGGGAUGAGUGGAAUCCUUCAAUUGCUUUUCAUUCUUGGAUUCCUUCAAAAAGGAGAUUGUUCCAUCCAAGGAGGAUUAUCAUUUAGUGACAUUUUACCCGAAGAUCCUAAAAUGUAUGAUAAAAUGAAGCCACCAAAGAAAGAUGGAAAACCCACUAAAGUCUCGUUCCAUGUUACAGUAAUGGGUCUGGAUUCAAUUAAUGAAGGCUCUAUGGUUAAGAGCGAUCUGUCUUAUACUACGGAUGAUCUUUUAUUUGAUUGGGAAGAAAUUACACCCUUAGUCGUUGAUGAAAAUAUUGAACUUCCUCAACUAGAUUUGAUCAAAACAGAACGUGGAGACUGUACACAAGUUUAUUCCACUGGGAAUUUUACAUGUCUGCAAGUAGUUUUUACUCUAAGAAGAAGGCUUGGCUAUUACUUAUUUCAUACUUAUAUACCAACAUGUUUGAUUGUCAUAAUGUCUUGGGUAUCUUUUUGGAUUAAGCCAGAAGCUGUACCAGCACGAGUUACGUUAGGAGUGACAAGCCUAUUGACUCUUUCCACGCAGCAUGCUAAGAGUCAAUCUGCAUUGCCACCUGUAUCCUACAUAAAAGCAAUCGAUAUUUUUAUGUCAAGUUGCACAUUUUUUGUUUUCUUAUCACUUAUGGAGUAUGCUUUGGUCAAUAUUGUACUCGAUGAUGAAGCAGAAACCUUGAAACAAAUGACAAAUGAAAACAAAAUGGUCUUCAAUUUGCAACCACGCCUCAUGAACGCUGUCCAGAAACGACGGCUAUUAGCUCAUAUGAUUGAUCGAAUCUCAAGAAUACUCUUCCCUCUCAUAUUUGUACUUUUAAAUAUAUGGUACUGGGUGUAUUACACCCAAUAUCAAUAUCUAAGUAUUGCUUAGAUAUUGAUAGAACAUUAUAACAAUGGAUAGAACAAUGCAAAAAAAUAUUGUAUAUUCAGGAUAGUGGGAAGUGAAAAAAAUAUUUUAAAA